AUGCGAGAGACAUUCGCUCACCACAUUGCCAGGCAUGUGGCUGUGAUGGAGAGGAACGAGCCGGAGAUCUCUGGACACAAAGGGAGCUUUGAGCAUGCUGCUGAGGCCAUAAGCGCGGGGCGAUGGCGCGGGGCCUGUCCUGGGGGGAGGGACGGGACGGCCGGGCGGGACGGCAGCACCCAGCAGCACCGGGACGGGUUGGCGUCUGUGCGGCUUCUGGCUGUACUGAUCGGCUUCUCCCUGAUCCUCCAGGUGAACGUCCCGAAAACCCGCCGGACCUACUGCAAGAAGUGCGGCAAGCACCAGCCCCAUAAAGUCACCCAGUACAAGAAGGGCAAGGACUCUCUCCAUGCCCAAGGGAAAAGGCGCUACACAAGGAAGCAGAGUGGCUAUGGCGGCCAGACGAAGCCUAUUUUCCGUAAGAAGGCCAAGACCACAAAGAAGAUUGUGCUGAGACUGGAGUGUGUGGAGCCCAACUGCAGGUCCAAGAGGAUGCUGGCAAUUAAGAGGUGCAAGCACUUUGAACUGGGAGGAGACAAGAAGAGAAAGGGCCAGGUGAUACAGUUCUAAGCUGCAUCCUACUCAUUUUCGGACCAUAUUAAAGUAUUUGGAAGUGAUCUGUUA